AUGCUACGUGUUUUGCUCAGCGGUCCGGCAGGCAGUGGAAAGAACACCAUUGCGAAGAUGCUGUUGAAGGAAUUCGAUCAAUUCGGAUAUUUCUCUGCUGGUGAUGUAAUCAGAGACCACAUACAACGAGGCACGGAAUUUGGACAACGAGCCGCAUCGUUCGUUCGCAAGGGAGAGCUGAUUCCGGACAGUAUAGUGAGCAAUGUUCUUCUUGAAGAGAUUCGUAAUGCCGGCAAUAAGCUAAUACUAAACGGUUAUCCUCGUUCCAUGUGUCAAGUGAAAAUGAUUGAGGAAGUAGCGCCCUUAGAUUUGGUGGUUGAAUUGAAGGUGCCGAAGAAAGUUCUAAUAGAUCGCCUCUCCAAGCAACUCGUACAUCACGGAUCAGGAAGGACGUACAACUUAGAUUUCAACCCUCCGAAGGUUGAGGGAAAAGACGACAUAACGGGGGAGCCGUUGUUCAAGAGGGACGAUGAUGCAGCAGAAGUCGUUCGACGAAGAUUGGAAGUGCAUGAGAAGACCGAAAGCAAGGUGGUCGAUUAUUAUAGGAAUCACGGAAUCUGCGUAACCAUGUCUGGUGAUAAAUCUUCCACAGUGUUCCAUGCCGUUUCGGAAAUGAUAACCGAUUUGCUGAAAAAACGAGCGUUUGGAUGA